AUGGCUACGACCUUCUACCAAUUCUCUCUCCUUCCGCGAGAGCUCAGGGACCAGAUAUGGCAUUUCGCUAUGAGACCACACCACCGUGGAGUCCAAAUCUUUCAGAUACACAACCCGCCCUCACAUGACGAGAAUAGACCUAUGAGUAGCUCAUUCAUGAAUUAUCUCUACAACGUAUUCGAGAAGUUUACAGCCAGCUAUUGGGCAAGCCUCAUGGCGAGGGAAGACGCCAGGCCCUGGUCUCUUGGCGCUGCCCUGUGUUCUAAGUAUCAUAAGGGCCUCGAUGGAACGCUAGACAAGAAUAUCUCCACCUACAUGAUCGAUUCCGGACUGUGGACCGCCUGCAAAGAAUCGAGGCGUGUUAUUCGGAAGCACUUCGCCAAUCCCUCGAACAGCCCCUAUGGACUACCCGAGCCUGGAAGAGUGAGCCAUUGCUCAGGUAGUAACCCCUUCUACUUUUCUAUCUGGCCAGGCUCAGACCUUCUCAUUCUACAAAUUGGCAAUUUCGCCGCUAGCAAGCGGACCACCCAGGCCCGUAUUUCAGAGUUUCUUUGGACUCCGAGUUCUCCCCCUUGGCUUAUGGGGUCUUGUCAGGAAAUUGGUAUCGAGUAUGAUUUAGCAUGGACGGACGCCAGCUUGGCGAAUGACACCUCUAUCGUUUCACCAGAUGUGAUCCUUACCGCCAUCCUUCUACUUCUAAGAUUGCCAAAGCGCCGUUUGUGGCUGGUUGAUACAAACCUGAAACGGAAAGCAGGUGCCCCUUCGUCUUAUGGUAGAGACACAAUGCAAUUCUACGCCAGUGGCAGGAAAUUUGUACAAGUUUCUCUCCAUGAUAUGGUAGAUAACUUGAAUGAGUGGGAGUAUAUAAAUCCUGUGGCUGGCGGAAACUACGAGGCAUCAUCUAUUCACUCUGCAUGGCUCGCAAAUGGAGCGGCAAGGCGUUUCCCAGGGCGGCAUCUCGAAGAUCAAAUCGGGCUUCUUGGAUGGGAGGAUCUAGAAAAUUCAUGA